UUUUUCAAAGGUGAAGAAUUCAUCAACCAAAAAAAAAAAAAAAGAAGGCUAAUUGAGCUAUUGUGGAGAUCUGGGAUAUAUUGCAUUUGUUAUGCCCAAUGAGGACCUUUUUUCCAUCUGAAUCUUGUAAAGAAACACAUUUAAAUGCUUUGAAUCCACAAUCAUGGCUGCAAGUUGAAAGAGGAAAGCUUUCGAAAGUCUUGCCUCACUCGCCAUCUUCUUUAGAAUCUUUAAUCAAAGUGCCCGAUCCACCUAUUCUCCCUUUUUUUAAACCGGUUGAUUAUGUAGAAGUUUUAGCUCAAAUUCACAAAGAACUUGAAUCAUGUCCCUCAAAUGAGCGCCCAAAUCUUUAUUUGUUACAAUUUCAAGUCUUCAAAGGUCUCGGUGAUGUUAAAUUAAUGAGGAGAAGCCUUAGGCUGGCUUGGCUCAAAGCAAGUACGGUUCAUGAAAAGCUCGUUUUCGGGGCAUGGUUAAAGUAUGAAAAACGAGGUGAAGAGCUGAUAUCCGAUUUGCUCUCCUCUUGUGGUAAAUGUGCAAAAGAGUUUGGAAUGAUUGACAUCGGUUCUGAGCUUCCAUCUAUAGUAAACCCUUGUUUUUUUGAUGGGGCAGUGAUGAACCAAAAUAGUUAUUUAUCGGGUACAGUCUCAUUUCAAAUAGGGGAUGAAAAAAUAACGUGUGAUAGACAAAAGAUGGCGGCCCUUUCACCUCCAUUCUUUUCUAUGCUUAAUGGGUGUUUUCUAGAAUCAUCUUCCGAGGACAUAGAUUUGUCAAAAAAUGAUAUUUCAUCAGAAGGUAUGAAGGUGAUUCGUGAUUUUACCUCAACAGGCAUUUUACCAGAUUUACACACAGAUCUUUUACUAGAAAUCAUGGUGUUCUCAAGUAAAUUUUGUUGUGAGAGCCUCAAAGAUUCUUGUGAUAGGAAGCUCGCGGGGCUUGUUUCUUCAAGAAACGAUGCGGUUGAACUUCUGGAAUAUGCUCUUGAAGAAAAUUGUCCAGUUCUUGCUGGUUCAUGUUUGCAAGUUUUCCUCCAAGAACUUCCGGAUUCUCUUAAUGAUGACCGCGUUGUUGACUUGUUAACUAGUGUUAACGGUUUGCAUAGAUCGAUUAUGGUGGGAUCCGCGUCAUUUUCACUUUUCUGUUUAUUGAGUCAAGUUUCUAUGGAUCUUGAUCCAGGAUCUGAUAAAUCCGCUCUAUUUUUGGAACAAUUAGUGGACUCUUCAGAAAAUAGUCGGCAGAAAAUGGUGGCUUUUCACAUGUUAGGAUGUGUGAAGUUACUCAAAAAGGAAUAUGACGAGGCGGAAAGAUAUUUUGAGGCUGCAUUGACCGAAGGGCACAUUUAUUCUGUCACGGGGUUGACAAGAAUAGGUCAGAUUAAGGGCAAAAAGCUCGAGUCUUACAUGAAACUUAGCUCAGUUAUUUCUACUUACACCCCCCUUGGUUGGAUGUACCAAGAACGAUCUUUAUACUUGGAAAACGAUGAAAAAAGAUGGGAAGAUCUUGAGAAAGCAAGCGAAUUGGAUCCUACGCUAACAUACCCCUAUAUGUACCGUGCAGCUUCUUUAAUGAAGAAACAAAAUGAUCAAGAUGCAAUGGCAGAAAUAAACAAGAUUCUUGGUUUUAAACUCGCUGUUGAAUGUUUGGAAUUGAGGUUUUGUUUUUAUUUAGUUCUUGAAGAUUAUCAAUCGGCCAUUUGUGAUGUUCAGGCAAUUCUAACUAUUAGUCCAGAUUAUCGGAUGUUUGAAGGCCGGGUGCCUGCUACACAAUUUCAAACUCUUGUUCAAGAGCACGUUCCAAGUUGGACAACUGCGGAUUGUUGGUUACAGUUGUAUGAUAGGUGGUCUGCUGUCGAUGAUAUUGGAUCGCUUUCUGUAAUAUAUCAAAUGCUCGAGUCUGAAACGGCUAAAGGGGUUUUAUAUUUCAGACAGUCUUUGCUACUCCUCAGGUUAAAUUGUCCGGAAGCAGCAAUGCGAAGUUUACAGUUAGCUCGCCAGCAUGCAUCAACGGAACAUGAACGGUUAGUUUAUGAGGGGUGGAUAUUGUAUGAUACGGGCCAUUGUGACGAAGGGUUAACGAAAGCUGAAGAGUCCAUUAACCUGAAUAGAUCUUUUGAAGCCUUCUUUCUGAAAGCAUAUGCCUUGGCUGAUUCUAGCCAGGAUCCUACUUGUUCUUCCAUGGUUGUAGCACUUCUUCAAGAUGCCCUCAAGUGCCCUUCUGAUAGGCUUCGUAAAGGCCAGGCAUUGAACAAUCUUGGAAGUGUUUAUGUGGAUUCUGGGAAACUAGACCUUGCAGCUGAUUGUUACAUUAACGCUCUUAAGAUCAGACACACAAGGGCCCACCAGGGACUUGCUCGCGUCCAUUAUCUGAAAAAUGACAAGCCUGCUGCCUAUGAGGAAAUGACAAAAUUGAUUCAAAAGGCACGGAAUAAUGCAUCUGCUUAUGAGAAGAGAUCAGAAUAUUGUGAGCGUGAGCAGACAAAGAUAGAUCUUGAAAUGGUUACUCGUUUAGAUCCUCUUCGGGUUUACCCUUACAGAUAUCGUGCAGCAGUCUUGAUGGACAAUCACAAGGAGAAAGAAGCCAUAGCAGAGCUUUCAAGAGCAAUCGCAUUCAAAGCAGACCUGCAUCUAUUGCAUUUACGUGCAGCAUUCCAUGAACAUAUUGGGGAUGUUGCAGGUGCCAUGCGAGACUGUCGAGCUGCCCUCUCCUUUGACCCGAACCAUCAAGAAAUGCUUGAACUUCGAAGCCGUGUAAACAGCCAAGAACCCUAAUUAUGCAAGAAUAUUAGAAAAGAUUAGAUGCGAAGUGUUACACAAAUGUUGAAGAAAAGUGAUUUUUUGAGUUUGUGUCCGUUGCAAUUGUAACACUUCAUGACUAUUGUAAUCAUUCAAGUUUGUGCCUUAUUAACAGGUCCCUCGGAUUCUUGUCAACUCAUUAAUCUUCCUAAAGUUGUAACUUUGUCCAAAAUUUUGGAGGUACAAUUCACAGCAUGUGAAUUAAUUGUAUGGUGUAAUUUUAUGAAUAUAAUAUGAAGCUUUGAUAUUUCAGGGUA